CUGCUUCAAUGCCAUUAUGGGAAAUUCCUUGAAGAACUCCUUAACCGCCGCGGAACCAUUGCCGCAGGUCGUGGUUAUUCGAGACCGCUCCUCUUAUUAGACCAACAGCGAGCGGUGGUGUACAAUUUCACAAACUUUCAACAUUUUCAGUCGCUGGCCGAAGUGGCCCUAUUUCUCGGUAUCGAAGUCAUCGUACGAGCAAGGAAGUACUCCCUUCUACCGUUUUAUCAACAACUUCCACCAUCAUAUUUAGCCUUACCCAGCAUUUGUUUGACAUUGUCACUCAGAAGUUGUACUUUUCUUGGGUUUAUCACACUGGCAAUCAACCGAUUUACAGCUAUUAUAUUCCCUAUGAGAUACCCUUUUCUGAUUUCCACUUGUAUUUCCUUUGCCGAAGAAAGGUUAUUCUCAAAGUUUGUUGUAACGAAUUCGUCCGGAACCUCUGGUUUUGCAAGAAGAAAAUCUUUGCAGCUAAACCAAAAUUCAGAUAUGGUCAACAAAAACAGCUGUUGUGGUCUGUCUUCUGAACUGGACAAUAGCAUUCGGUUUAACGAUAGCUGGUAUUAUACUUGGCGAUCCCACGGGGUCAUAUUACUUUUCUAG